CAACUGCCCAAAGGACCAAAAUUAAGAAAAGGCAUAUUUGGAGCAACUCAUCGACAUCUCUCGAUCAUCCGUCAUCCACCACGGUUGAGUGUCCGAACGCGCCGGCCAAGUCGCCGACUUCCUUCACGCCUUCUCCCUCCAGCAGGCGCAAGCAUCGUAGCACGCUUCGUCAGGAAUCAUCUCAAGCCCGUCGCCCGGUUGCCUUCUCUCCGCCACUCACCCUUCGGCGGUUCGGCCAAUGGGUCCUUCUUAAAUUUCACAUUCCGUAGUUCCGGUCUUCUCCCACUUUUCUGUUGGGAAUUUGGGAUCCUAUACCCAUCCAGAAGUGAACAAUUCCUAUUUUCAAGAGCCUCCCAUUGUUAAAUUUCUAGAACAAGAGCUUUUGCAAACACUUUCAGUGGUGCAUCUUCUCAAAUCAAUCAAUGGAGAAUCCACAGCUUAAAGAGAUAUUAGAGAAGCAAGUGCUGACGGUAGUGAAGGCUGUGGAGGACAAGCUCGAUGAAGAGAUUGCGGCCUUAGAUCGGCUAGAUCUCGACGACAUUGAGGUGCUGAGGGAGCGGAGAUUGCAGCAAAUGAAGAAAAUGGCAGAGAAGCGGAACCGUUGGAAAUCUCUCGGCCACGGGGAGUACUCGGAAAUUAUGUCUGAGAAAGAUUUCUUCUCCAUAGUAAAGGCCAGUGAGCGUGUUGUCUGUCAUUUCUACCGCGACAAUUGGCCUUGCAAGGUUGUGGAUAAACAUAUGCGUAUGCUGGCUGAACAGCAUAUAGAGACACGUUUUGUUAAAAUUCAUGCAGAGAAAAGUCCGUUCUUGGCCGAGAAGCUGAGGAUUACUGUUCUCCCAACAAUUGCCCUCGUAAAAAAUGCUAAAGUGGAGGAUUACGUGGUCGGAUUUGAUGAGCUUGGUGGAAAAGAUGAUUUUAGCACCGAGGAGCUAGAAGAGAGAAUAGCCAAAGCUGGAGUCAUCCAUCUUGACACUGAAUCAUCUUUACAUGCAUCAAAAUCAAAAUCAAAAUCUAGGAGUGUUCGCCAAAGUUCAAAUGCAGAUUCGUCUGACUCUGACUAAAUGGCAACUGAAUAUUUUGUAUUUUGUACCAAAGUUCUAUUUCAUCCAGGCCUAUAUAGCAUAAUUGUUUUUUCCCUUGUGUUGAGAUUCUAAGGAAUAUAUGGUCUUUCAGAAGUGAUUUUGUGAUUUCUCUGUACAACGUAUUCACUACUUCAAAGUCCUGAUUUCGAUUACAAUUUGUUUGAGAUGAGGAGUGUACCUGUAUCCAGAACCAGUCCAAACUGUUUUAGUAU